AUGGUCGACUACACCCAGCGAGCCGAAUCCGGGUCAUCGACCUCUGAGGAGGAGAUGGAGGACAUAUCCAGCCCAACAUACGGGGUGUCGCCCAUCAGGGACACGCAAUGGCAAGACGUGAGAAUGGACGAGGAACAGAUCCGACGGCUCUAUCAAGAUGAAGAACAUGCCGACGUCGAACUCACGUGCGAAGGCAAGACGUGGAAGCUACACCAGGCCGUCCUUUGUCAACGUUCGGGUCACUUCCAAAAGGCUUUCGAUGAAUACAUCAGCAAGGACGAUGUCAAGAUGGUCGAGAUAUGCAACUGGAGCGCAUGGAAAGUAGACCAGAUGAUCCACUACAUCUACAACUUCAGAUGUUACGAGAUCAGCCGAUACGACUUCACAAGUCGCAUCGAGCUCUGGGAGCUAGGCGAGGCCUUCAAGAUGCCAGGCCUAUGCGAUGACGCUGUGAACACCCUCAAGAUCAACCUGAAGCGCGCCGCAAAUGAGAUCCUGCUGCUAUCCGACGGCGAGGGCACCGAUCCGCAACUGCAUUCUCUGAUCGGAGAACGCGACUCUGAUCAGUUCGUCUCGUCUCGCAUGGGCAACUCGCCGACCAGAUCCAGCGCUGCUCAAACGGCGAUCCCGACCGCCCCGCUCACCGACGACGAGUUCGUCAUGGAAGUCCUAGCCAAGUUCCGCGCAGCCGUCUCGGCCAGCUACAGCGCUCAAUCCCCCAUGGUGGCCGGAAACCCCAUCCGGCUGCACCUGAUCUCGUUCUACGUGCGCGGCGGCUUCCGCUACCUGGAUCCGCGGUUCGGCCUGCGAGGGCUGAUCGACGAGUUUCCCGAGUUCGCCAUCGACGUCAUGCACCACCUGCGCAGCACGGUGGGCGACCUGUGGCUCAUGGCGAAGCCGCGGACGUGCGUCGACUGCCGCGCGAAGCUGGGGAAGUCGUUUGACGAGCACGACGACGGAGCUUUUCCGAGGCAGUUUAAGAGGUGGUUUCUGUGCUCAAAGAUCAAGGGGACGGAUGCUGAGGUUAUUGGAGGGUGGAAUGGGGGACUCGAGGCGCGUUGUGCGCUCUGUACGCUCUCGUCGUUGCAAGGGCUGCGGUAUUUGGUAGAAUAA